CCCGUCAGCCAUCACUCCUCUCCCUUCUCCCCUUGUGGUCAAGAACAGCUGUUACAGGCUCCGGGACAGCCUCCGAUGGAUCCCAGACUGAGAAGAAUGGCGUCGUCCAUUCUCAUUGUCCUGCUGCUUUUGGAAGCAGGAAUGUUCUCCUCCUCCUCCCCUCCUGAACUACUAGACCAGGUCUUCCAGUAUGUCGAUGUGCAUCAGGAUGAAUUUGUUGAGACUCUCGCCGAGUGGGUAGCUGUCCGCAGCAUUUCUGCGCAACCCCUGCUUCCUCUAAGACAAGAGAUCUUCAGGAUGAUGGACGUGGCAGCAGACAGACUGCGACGCCUGGGAGCGAAGGUCGAGUUAGUGGAUCUGGGCUCUCACCAGGAGCUACCCGAGGGCCAGACCCUGCCGGUGCCUCCUAUCAUCCUUGCAGAGCUCGGCAGCAGUCCUCAGAAAGCCACCGUGUGUUUCUAUGGUCACCUCGAUGUGCAGCCUGCCAAAAAGGAGGAUGGAUGGGACACUGACCCCUUCACCUUGACCGAAGUCAAUGGAAACCUUUAUGGAAGAGGAGCUACAGACAACAAGGGCCCAGUGCUAGCGUGGAUCAAUGCAGUGGAAGCAUUCCAAGUGCUAGAGAAAGACAUCCCAGUGAACAUCAAAUUCGUCAUUGAAGGCAUGGAAGAAGCAGGAUCGAUUGGUCUAGAGGAGCUUGUCGAGAGGGAAAGGGACGAUUUCUUCUCCAGUGUGGAUGCCAUUGUGAUUUCCGAUAACCUUUGGAUUAGCCGGGAGAAGCCAGCGCUCACCUAUGGGACCAGGGGGAACAGCUAUUUCACCGUACAGGUGAAAUGCAGAGAUCAAGAUUUUCACUCGGGAACCUUUGGUGGCAUCCUCCAUGAACCAAUGACAGACUUGGUGUCCCUCCUUGGUAGCCUCGUGGAUUCUUCAGGUCACAUUCUGAUUCCCGGAAUCUAUGAUAAUGUGGCUCCACUUUCUGAGGAGGAGAAGAAAUUUUAUGAAGCCAUUGAUUUUGACCUGCAGGAAUAUAAGAAUAGCAGCCAUGUGGAAAAAUUUCUGUAUGACACCAAGGAGGAACUCCUGCAGCACCUCUGGCGCUAUCCGUCGCUGUCCAUUCAUGGGAUCGAAGGGGCAUUUGAUGAGCCGGGGAUGAAAACCGUCAUUCCUGGGCAAGUGAUGGGAAAGUUCUCCAUCCGCCUGGUGCCUCAUAUGGAUAUUCCUGUAGUGGAGAAACAGGUGACACAGUAUCUGGAAGAUAUAUUCUCUAAGCGUCAGAGCCCCAACCAGCUGAAGGUAACUAUGUCACUGGGAUUAGCACCAUGGAUGGCCAAUGUGACGGAUGCUCAGUUCACUGCAGCAGGAAGAGCCAUCAGGAGAGUGUUUGGAGUGGAUCCAGAUAUGAUCCGGGAUGGUUCUACAAUUCCAAUUGCUGGAACAUUCCAAAACCUCACACAGAAAAGCGUGAUGAUGCUUCCGAUUGGAGCAGUGGACGAUGGGGAACACUCUCAGAAUGAGAAGAUAAGCAGGUACAACUACAUCCAGGGAACCAAACUGUUUGCAGCCUUUUUCCUGGAGUUUGCCAAGCUACAUUAAGAAUUCCCUUUUCAACCUCUCCCAGGCAAAGACCUAUUUCGGACACUGGGAACAUUUCCCCUUAAGGUUGAGAGCUUUUCUUUGCUGAGUAAAAGGAGCAAAAUUUUUGAAAAACCCUCACCGAUAAUAAAACGUCUAAGCAAGCGGCCAAUUCGUUGCUGGCACUGAAAUGCUUCCUGCUUUGAACCUGUUCUUCCAAGGCUCCCCAGCUGUGCUGCCAUUCGGCACCCUGAUUCCCCUCUGCUCAGGUCCCCAGACUGUGGGGUUAAAACCUCAUCUGUGAUCGGGUGGAAUGGGAGGGGCUCAGUUAGCCAUUUUGUCAAGAUUGUCCCCUUGUCCGAUUUAAGACCCUCCUAAGAGUUGCGCCUGUUGCAGUGACCCAGUGGGACCAGAACCGGGGACCCCGCAUUGACCUUUUCAACCACAUCCGCACUUAUAGGUGAAACUUUCUAUCCGCUGAAUAAAACUGUUUGUCUCUCUGGGCA